ACGAUUAUGAAAUAAAAUUACAAUAUUGAAUGGUUGCAGUAUGCUUAUACAUAACGUUCAUUUCCUUUUUAUUAAUAUUUUUCUCGCCAAAUAUUCUUGAUAUCAUAGUGCCGUUAAAUGAAACACGACAACCAAUUUGGCGCCUUACGAGCAUUAUGAAUGCUUUUAUUGAUACGCAGAGACAAAUUAGAACUGAAUUGUUAACAUGGUAUUUUUUUCUGACAAUCUUUAUUGGUAUGAAUACGUUGAUAGCUACGGAAACACUCUUUCUAAUGAAUGUGCAACACGCAUGUGCAAUGUUUCAAAUCACUAGUUAUCGUAUCGAGCGAACUGUAAACAACAACCAGAUGAAAUCCUUAACUUCUUUAGAAAAAUUCAGCAUUGAUAAAAAUAUCGUGGAGGCCAUUGAUAGUCAUCGACGUGCCACCAAAUUUAUCGAUUCCCUUAAAUCCACUUUUUCAAUUGUCCAUUUGUUUGCAAUUCCUAUUGUCGUGGGGUCAUUAAGCAUCAAUCUAUAUCGUCUUUGUGAUAGCAUUACGAACAAAGAUGUUAACGGUACGAUUGUAUUGUCGCUACUCGUUGCCUGUCAUUUUGCCUUUAUGUUCCUUAUUAACUAUAUUGGUCAGAUAGUAAUAGAUCAUAGCGAGGAUACAUUUAAGAAAAUAUGCAACACUCGAUGGUACGCGACGCCAUUGAACAUGCAAAAAUGCCUCGUAAUGAUAAUGCAUCGAAGUAUGAAGACUUCCACAUUGAUGUUUUGUCUUGGUCUGUUCUUGCCAUCUUUGCAAGGCUUCGCUAAGCUUAUCAGCAAGUCGUUAUCAUACUUUAUGGUAAUUUAUUCUAUGCACCGAUAGUAAUCACAGGAUAUAAUAAUAAUCAACAAUUACAACUGAUAAGUACUUUCGUUAGAAAAAGAUGCGUUGUAGAAAGUAACAUCUUUGAACCGUCAGAAAUUUUAAAUUUUUUGUGUUUAUAUCUGUUUAUACGCGAAUAUCUCUAUAUUAAACUGAGUACAAGGUAAUUAUAUAAUAAUUAAAAUAAUUAAAAUAAGCUGUUUUUAACAUUGAUUAAUAUCGUUGAUUUAUCUUUUUAUUUCUUGUACUAAAAUCACGAUUAAAACAUAAGAUUUUAAACAAAAAUCAUUUACUUAAAGCGAAAAAAUAAAAUACAUAUAUAAAUUUUAAUAUUUUAUAUUAUAUUAAUCAUAUAGAUUUUUUAUAUACCACGAUUAUAUGAAACAUUGUGUAUAAUUCUAUUAUUUUUUAAAUAAAUUUUGCAAUACAGGAUUGUGCACGAUUUGCAUAUCGGGAGCACAUAACACAAUUAGCCGUCUCGAUCGCUUUGGUUUGUGAAGUCCUAUUAUAAAUCGUGAUUUUAGUCCCGAUAAGCGUGGAUGCUUGGCUCCUUUGACAUUGCGUUGCCACGCGAUACGUCUUAUCUAAACUGCAAAUGUAAUGUCUCUAUUCCACGAGCAGCUUCUAACUAGAGGCACUAUCGCUUAUAAGUACGAAGAACGCAUGCAACUCGUCGCGCACAAAUCUCGGGCGUACCCGAGGCAGAAAUUAGCGCGUUCCGCAUCGUAUUUUACAGCUGUCAGCUGGUACGACUACGUUGUCUAAUAACAUCUUUGAUACACACAAUCCUGAUUGGUACUUGGGUAUAAAUAAAGUUCAAUUUUUUAUAAGUUCUUAUUUUUUGCUUGAAAUAUGUCUGCACAUAUAUAAAUAUUUUAAUUAAGACUUGAAAGUUAAAUAAAAAAUUACAAGAUUACUUUUGGCAUACACGUACAGAAAAAAAUUAGUAUCACGUCAACAAUUCAUUGUUUAAUAUGUAAGCAACAAUAUAAAUUCUUCCAAGAUUUUAUAUUCUUGCUUGUAUAUGAAGCGAUAAGCAGUUGAUUUGAUAUUAGUGUUUUUCUUUAUGUGAAGCACGCAUACACGUUUCUACUAAAAAGUUAGUUUAUAAAAAUUGUUAUUUAUCGCACUUGAGAUUUUAUUAUGAUAAAAAUUGCUUUUGAUUAACAGAUUGACUUUAAGGCAGUCAUAUAUGCAGUCAUAUAGAUGUGAAAAAGUUGAACAUGAAUAUGAUAUUUGGGGAUUACAUUACAACGGAAUAAGAACGUAUAUAAAAAUCUGUAAAAUGUAUAAAUGUCUUCAUCCACUAUGUUCUUUAGUCUUCUUUAGUCUUCUUGCUCGCAAAUGGAUAUCAAGAAGAUCGUUAUUGGUCAAUUGUUAUCGAGAAUCAUGCGUGAAUAAUAGGAGAAAUGCCAUCUUUCUUUCGAUCUCCGUAAUUCUCUCCGUUCGAGAGAUCUACGAUCUCUUAGUGCAUUCUCUACUAGUCUCGUUAAAUACGCUCUCUUCCACCGAAAACCGCCUUCGUCUUACCCUCUAUGUAACAAAUGUGCGGUAGUACUGUGAAGAAUAGAACUGUCAGACGUAGAGCGUAUAUAAUGCGUCAAGAUUCUUUAAUGCUCGAUAAGGAUAUCGACUAAUGAUAUUCGAAAUGCGAAUUGUCAUACGCAAUUGUUGCACACAAAAUCCUCGUGAAUUGCAGCUACAUUCAUAAAGAGAAUUUUUAACUUGAAUCCUUUGCUACUCGAAUUUCUUGUCAUCUUGACUCAUUGUAUCGUCUGACACGUUAAAUAAGGGAAAAAGAAAUGAGAUCCCAAAAAGAGGUUGUUGCUUCGAAAGUCAUCCUUUCGUCAACAUGGCGAUGCAACGCACGGCAUUAUCGCAAGUAUAACACUUUUUCUCCCCCGCGGCAGUUUCCAAAGAUAAGCGAAUCCCUUCCUAGGAAAAUUCCUUUGUUACCUCACGUCGACUGGCCUAGGAGGGCAAACUAUCGUACAAGGCUCCGACAAAAGUGGAGCGUGUAUAAAGGCGUGUCGAAACUUGUUACUCGCGCGAGUGCUUCCGUGACUAUCUGCCGAGCUGUGCAGUCUUGUACAAGUUGCCUUUACAAGUGGCGCAAAAGCACGCGAGAGCUUCUCGCAAUCGAGUUUAUAACGUGUCCCGCCUAAUAUAGCCGCGUAACCACAGCCGAUGAUUACAUCCAAGUUUUGUUUUCCUCUCGGGCAGCUUUUCCAUGAAAGGAUCUCAUAAAAUGCUACGAUUAAAAUCCGGAAGACCCAGUAACAAAGCUAUUAACAGUUCAGGAAUAUUACCAUGAGCGCGAAAAAGAUACACGACGAUAUUGUUACGAUCUAAUACUUCAUAAUUUAGCAAUUAUUAACAAUUAUUAUUUAGAAUAAAUAUAAAGAUUUUUAAUCACCAAACAUAAUUGUCUUCGAAAAAUGUUUAAUGUCGUAACAUAGAGGGUUGGGCAAACAGUAUUUCAAAUAAAAAAUAAUACAACUUGUGUUUUGUAUUUCAAAUCAAAAUUGUCAGGAUUGUGUAUUUUUAAUUCAAAUAGAUUGCCAAUAUUUUGCAUUUUGUGUAUGAAAUACUUUUUAUCUAGCCGAGGUAAUCUAUUGUGUAAUUAAAACUUUAGAAAACUCUAAGUAUAUUUUAUAUGAUAAAUUAAAAUAGGCAGAAUUUAAGACUUUUUUAAAAUUCUGUUUUAUGUUAUGAAUCGAUAAAAGAAGCUGUUCUAAUGGCUUCUAUCACGCGCUGAAUAUUGAAUGCUAAAUAUUUAGUCUAAAUAAUUAAUUUUAAGAAAAUAAUACAUCACUAUUUAAGUGAUGAACAAAAAAAAAUCAAGGUAGAACAAAGCAAAAAGGAAUUAACGAUAAAAUGAACGAAGAAAAACAAGAUCAAUAUAAGGAACAAGCACGAAAUUGUAUCGUACUUUGGAAAUAUCUGGUCUCCUCUUUGUUCACCGCACAUCUCUUGUUACUCUCCGCAAUGUAAUUUCAUUCUACCAAAGUCGCAGAACUUUUGGAAGCGACGCAGUUGCAAGGCCAAACAAGUGACCCAUGCUUAAGGUCAUGUUACAUUUACGAGACUUUAUGUUAUCAAACUUAUGUGGCUCGUUUUAGUGCGCGUAACACCUAACGAAGAGAAUAGAGUUGCGGCGAAACUGCAACCAGUUCAACUAUUGUCGGCUUUAUUUUUGUUCGUCUCUUUAAUUGCACGUCCUAUAUUAUUCUCACGAAUUGUUAAAUAUGAGUUUGAUAUCUCUUAUUUAUAAAAAUCGUUUCAUAUUUUUUACAGAAGAAUGAAAUAUUACAAAAAAUACCAGCUUUCUUUUGCCGGCAAUUGCACAAUAAGUGUUUUUACAAAACCUAACAUUUUUCUAUUUCAUGCUCUUCUUCUCAAUUUUCGAUGUAACACCAAACAACUGAUAGAUACACAGCUAUUGGUGUAAUCUUUAACUGAUGAUUUUUUUUUAUUACGGUAUUUUAUGACCAUUUAUUGCAAUUUUAUCAUAUCAAUUUUAUCACUUCUUCUUUUGUGCAUAUUUAAAAAAAUCUUCAAUAACAGAUUUUUGCCACGGAUCAUUUAGUAAUUCAGAAAAGAAUAAAGUCACACAAGGAAAGAACGAUCUUACCAAAGUAUCUAAAAAAAUUUAGAUACAAAACUGAAAAUAAUUUUAACGGAUCAUCAAAAUAAUUAUCUAGAACAUUUAAAUUAAUUGCUAAAAUGUCAAAACUUUUUACAGCCUUGCUUAUCAAGCUUGAAAAUCUUUUAUAAUUAUUUUGAUGGUCCAACAAAAUUCUUUUCAAACCUGCACCUAGGUAAAUUUUUAGAUACUUCAGCAAAACCGUACAGUUGUUGAAGAAACACUUUGCCAAUAUCAGAGUUGAGAGUUUCGCCAUUCCAAAAAUUUCAGUGUUUCCCACAGCUUACGAAACGAUUUCAAAGAUCGCAUCGACACCUGUGAUCCACCCGAGUGUCCGACCGUAACUCCAUUAUCCGUUAAAGAACCCUCUUCGCACAAUUGACUUCGCUCCUCACAAUGCUUUUCGCUCGAGUUGCCUCGGCACAUUUCCGUUUACGACGCCCAUACUCGAAAACGACGGUAUAUAAUCAUAACUUUCGCGUUCUACAAGAAUAACAUCAGCUAUACAAUUAUUUUAAAUGUAUUUAUACAAUAAUCGAGGACACUAAAUGUUCAUUUUUACAAGUCAAUAAGAAGUUAUCACGUACGUUAUGAUCACCAGAUAAGCGACGUUCUCUUCUGCGUGAAAGAAAGAUGAACGAGUAGCAAUUUACAGGGCCGUGAUAUUACGUUUCGCACCGAAAUGCCCGCAGCCUAUUGGCCAUUGUACGCAAAGAGAUACGCAAUGCGAUAAGGAGAUCUUAUACAGAACUGACAACGUGACUGCUAGGCGGCGAUGACGGUGAGUGAGAUUAGGAGGGACGAGGGUGCCCGACGUGCCGCUGAGCUAGUGGAAAAUAGCGUGACGCAACCGGGCUUCUUGUCUGGCUUUAUUUCAACCGACGACUCCACCCCCGGAAUCAACCAGAUGGGGAUCGGAUCGGAGAACCGUGAAAUAACAGUCCUGCGACGCAUAAACGUUUUUUACAAAUGUACCUUAGCCAAUAAUUUUCUCCGCUAUAACAAAUAAAACAUUUUUACGAAAUUAUACCGAAUACGGUGCCAGUUGUGUGAAAAUUAUAUAAAGACUAGUAGACUAUUUGUACAAGUUUCUUUAAAUCAAAAUAAAUUAAAUAUACUAAAUAUUGAACUCCCAAUUCUUCAACAAAGUGACUUAAAAAAGGGUUAAUAGGAGUCGGCGCGGCUUUUGUGACGCAGUGUUUAUCUGAAUAACAUCUCAUCGGUUAUACUAUUUAAACCAUGUAAUUAAACAUUUUAGCUACAAUUGUGGCUACCUUCAGUAAAGGUAUACAUUACUUCAAGUAUACGGUGCUCCAUCAGUAUUUUAGUUGUCGAUUGUCAAGAAUUAUCAUUUUUGGUACACAUGCAAUAAAUAAGUCGGACUCUCUUUUUUACAGCAGAAAUAACAUUAUUAACUAAGUGUUAGAAUUUACAGAUAUAUACAAACAUCUACUUAUUUCUUUUUGUAGAUAAUAAUUCUCACAAAUUCAAAAAAUAAAUAUUUAAUUUUUUUAAAUCCUCUAAAGCUUUUAGAUAACAGAAUUUUUCGGCAUUAACUUGAAGAAAUUUUAGUCAAGCACCCUUAGCAUCUGGAUUUUUUUAUGCAAGGUGAUUUUCUGCAUAUCAAAUUAUACAUAUACUACACAUACAUAAAAAUAAUAAUCUUUUGCGAAAACGUAUUGUAAUCUGACAGAAUUUGUUAAAUAAAUGAAUAAAAAAAAGAAACAUGUAAUGAUGCUUGUCUAGUAUUAACUAUCGGUAGAAUUUUAAGGUAAUUCGAGGUGCAUUUCAAGCGCCUAGAUUAAAGCGGCAACAGUGGAUAAUCAAAGAUUCGCAUGUAAAAUGCCAACAGUUCAUCGGAUCCGCGCGCUACGGCAUGCAUGUUCAUGAAUCCGAAAGGAGUAUGCCUGGAUUGUAUCGCGUGCACGUGCUGCUACGAAUAUCAAUGCGAAAUAUGUAUGUGUGUAUAAUGAUGUGUGUAAGUGUAAUUUUUUCAUUAAAACUUACGACCGUUAUUAGUAACUAUGCUAUAAAUAGAGCGCAAAAUGUUGAUACAAACAGGGGUUACCAUAAAAAAGAAAUAAAGGAGAAAAAAAUUAGUUAAAAAAAGGAAAUAUAUUAUGGAAAUAGAAAAAGAAGAUAAGGGUAAAAAAGAUAAAAAUUCACAUUCAAAUAGAUAUGUAUAUAUACUUUAAAGAUAUAUGUAAAAGUGCGAAUGGAAUAUGCAAACGUAAAAUUAAAUAAUAUUAUGGCAUUUUUUUAUGUAGACAAUGCAUUUGUAAAGUUUACUAUUAUAGCUCUUAUAUUUCGAAAACGAUUCAAAAUUAUGUGAAAAAUUACGACUUACGUGUCCAGUCAUUUCGAGAUGAGAAUUUACUUUUAAUUCCCUUAAAAAAAGAACAGCUUCUCGAAAUAUAUAUUUCGUAGUUUAUAUAUAUAUAUAUGUAUUGCAAAAUUUUCUAAUUUUACAUUUUUAUAAUUUAUCGUUGAGAGCAAAAUCUAGUUGUGUAUGUUACUCAAGCUCUUUGAGAAAAAAAACAGCCUUAAUAAGAACGUAACGUCAUUAAGUUUUAGAUAAGUCAAACGAUCACGCUUGCCAAUCAAGAAUGAUAGUACAACACAUAUAAUAGCCAAUAAUUUCCAUUCUUUGAAGUUAACAUUUUUAAAAAUCAAAGAAAUAUUUUAAUAUAUGAACUACACACGAGCUCCACAUUUUCCUUGUAAAGAAAUUUUAAGAUU